AUGGCAGCCUCUAUGACGCCUAGAAUACGACGCACGGCGGAAAACACACAAUUCACGUACAACCUCUCGCGACGCAUCAGCGAUGUGCAGACAUACCCUACCCCAUCACCUCAGGGAGCCACGAUCCUCAUCUAUGGACACGACAGCGGCGUGACAGUAGUAUGGCGAGGAGGCAGGCGAUUCAAGGACGGCGGUGCGACGGCGGCGACAGCAUCCAACAACAAGAAUAAGGACAAGAAGCAGAAUGGUUCGGUAGACGCAGACUCAAUCAUGGUGAUCGACUCUGACUCUGACUCCGACGAUGACGGUAUGCCCACCAAGACGAAGCAGCAGCAGCAGCAGCAGCAGCAGCAAUCAGCAGGAAACAAGCGACGCGUCGACAAGCCCGAAUUCGAGGACGAGGCCGACACGACACCGUACGCGGAGAUUGUGCAGACGCUGGACCUGACGUUCGGCACGGCAGUACUCAACAUCGCUGUUCAUCCCGGGUCUAUGCGUCCUGGUAAGCAGGACGGUGACGAUAUCAGCAAUGACUACGGCAAGAACAGCAAGAACAUGGUGUUUGCCGUAUCGUGCGUGACAAACGAUGUGUACCUCGUCAGUCUGCCGCUCACGCCGCCAUCACGCGAGGCCAAGGCCCGUCCGGAGCUGAGGAGCGACCUGCUGUCCGGCAAGGCCGGGUCAGGGGCGUGGGGGGAGACGGUGACCCUCCUGGGCGGGCAGACGCGGCCGAGCGACGGGAUAGCCCUGCAGAUUGUGCCGCCGUCGCCGCCGUCGGCCGACGCCGACGCCGAGGGCGACGAGGAGGUGGCGGUGACCAGGCCGUCCCGGGCGAUUGUCGCGUCGCGGUCUCGUGAGGCGUCGGGUGUGCUCCGGCUGUGGGACCUGCCGCUCUACGACGACGACGACGACGGCGAAAAAGGCGGCGAUGAGGGCUCAGCGAGGCCGCGGAGGGUCGUCGAGCCCUUCCAGACCGAGUUUCUCCCCGCCCCUCUGACGGCCAUGUCGUUCAACCCGAACCCGUCAACGACACAGCUGCUCGUCGUGUCUGCGCCGCACGCCGUGCGCAUCUACGACUUUGCCGUGCCGUCGCUCCCGCCCGACCCGGAUGCCACGGGCCCGCUCCCGGCCCAGGGAUCGUGGCUGCUGAGCCUGUACCAGCCGUUUGCGCGUUCGUCGACGGCGCGCAAGCCCGUCGUCGACGCUGCGUGGAUCGCGCACGGCCGUGCCAUCUUUGCCCUCAUGGCCGACGGUAUGUGGCAGAUAUGGGACGUCGACGGCGUGGGCGCGCGGGUGUCCGGCUCAGCCGCCACGGCCAGCGGCAAGCUGAGGACGGGGGUGCGCGGCGCCGCGCUCACGGCGUUCAGCGUGUCCGGCUUCGUCGAGGGGACCAGCUCCCUGCGCGCCGUUGCCGCGGCGGGCGCACAGGCGAGGGACACGGCCGUGACGGGUGACUUCGUGCCCAUGACGCCGCACACGAGACGGCAGGCGGCCGCGUCCAUCACCAGCUCUGCCGCUUCUGCGGCGGACAGGCUGGCGACGAUGCACGGCGGCAUCGCCGUCGCGCCCGCACCCUCGUCGUCAUCACCUUCCUCUUCCUCUCCGUCGUCGGCCGGUGCCCUCCCAGACGAGAACCUGGUGCUGUGGUUAGGCGACCACGAGCACGUCGCCGUCAUCAUGGGCGUCUCGCGCUUCUGGGAAUCCCAGGUCAACAGGCCCUCGCUCGCUGCGGACAGCAGCGCCGUCCUGUUCGGCGCACCCAAGGACCAGCCUGCGCGGAUGCUCAAGCUGCAGGAUCUGUCGACUGGUCUGCUCGGCGAGCGGUGCUGCGGCGUCACGCUGCUGCCGGGCACCGCUGCCAGCACGACCAGUACUGCCGCCGGUACGGUCGGUACUACUGCUGCGCAGCAGAAUCAGCAGCUGGAGAUUGCCGUCCGCGGCGAGACCAGGCUGGUCAUCGUGCGGCCUGGCGAGGACGGUGCUGGCAAGAAGAUUGGCGGUCUCGCAGCGGCCAACGGCCGUGGUAGACGUCUCCUCGCGUAUAACAGAUCCGAAGCCAUCAUCGUGAAUGGCGGCGCCGGCCCAGACGCUGCUUCCGCCGCGACGGGGGGUAAGCCCAGGGCCCCGAGCAAUCCUUUCAACCUGUCCACCAUCAGGGGGGCUGCAUCGCUCAGGCAGCGCGGUACCGGUGCCGGUCUACGAGACGGGUCACCUUCCCAGCAGAGGCAGCAGAGCAAGACUGUCGGAGCGGUUGCGGGUGCAGGCGCAGGUGCAGGUGUAAGGCCUAGCGUCGUCGGAUUCGACUUUACAGGUACGCUCGACGCCGCGGCUGAUGUGACUGGUGGCGACGAUGCGAGGAGGAACAGCUGA